UGUUUAAUUCUUUUAUUCUUCUUCUUCUUCUUCCUCUAUCUUCUCUGCCUAAUCUCUCUCUAUCCCUCUCCCCAUCUUCACCUAGAAGAAACUUUCUUUAUGCAAAAACUUUCUUGUAGGGUUUUAGGAGAUCGAGCUAUCUCUCUUUUAUAUAUAUUUUCUUGGUUCUGAAACAAAGUUUUGUUUUCUUGUUUCUUUUGGCGACUUUGGGUAUGAAAAAGAUUUGCCUUUCUGUUUUGUUUAUUGGUUCUUUUUUAACUUUCUUGGAUAUGGGUUCUUGUAGAUCUUAUUGAAAUUCCUAGUUGGUGUCCCAAAAAAGAGUUUUCUUCUUUCUUUUUUCCUCUUCUCUUGUCUUCUUUUUAGUUCUUGAGACAUGGCGAGAGAUCAGUUCUAUGGUCAUCAUCAUAACCAAGAGCAACAACAACAACAACAUCAAAUGAUUAAUCAGAUCCAAGGGUUUGAUGAGACGAACCAAAACCAAACCGAUCAUCAUCAUCAUCAUCAAUAUAACCAUCAGAUCUUUGGCUCAAACUCCAACAUGGGGAUGAUGAUAGACUUCUCCAAGCAACAACAGAUUAGGAUGACGACUAGUGGUCCGGAUCAUCAUCACCAUCAUGAUCAGACAAGUGGUGGUACUGAUCAGAAUCAGCUUCUAGAAGAUUCUUCAUCUACCAUGAGACUAUGCAAUGUUAAUAAUGAUUUCCCAAGUGAAGUAAAUGACGAGAGACCACCACAAAGACCAAGCCAAGGUCUCUCCCUUUCUCUCUCCUCUUCAAAUCCUUCCAGCAUCAGUCUCCAAUCCUUCGACCUCAGAACCCAACAAGGGUAUUCUGGUAAAUCAUCAACACACCAUCAGAACCUCCAACACAGCCAGAUGAUGAUGAUGAUGAUGAACAGUCACCACCAAAACAACAACCAUCAGCAUCAUCAUCAUCAUCAGUUUCAGAUUGGGAGUUCCAAAUAUUUGAGUCCAGCUCAAGAGCUACUAAGUGAGUUUUGCAGUCUUGGCGUAAAGGAAAGUGAUGAAGAAGUGAUGAUGAUGAAGAAUAAGAGGAAGCAAAAGGGUAAACAACAGGAAGAUUGGGACACAAGUCACAACAAUAAUGACCAACAAGACCAAUCCGCAACUACUUCUUCCAAGAAACAUGUUCCACCUCUUCACUCUCUUGAGUUCAUGGAACUUCAGAAAAGAAAAGCCAAGUUACUCUCCAUGCUCGAAGAGCUUAAAAGAAGAUAUGGACAUUACCGAGAGCAAAUGAGAGUUGCGGCUGCAUCAUUUGAAGCCGCGGUUGGUGUAGGAGCGGCCGAGGUAUACACGGCUUUAGCGUCGAGGGCAAUGUCAAGACACUUCAGGUGUUUAAAAGACGGUCUUGUAGGACAGAUUCAAGCCACGAGCCAAGCCUUGGGAGAAAGAGAAGAAGAUAGCCGUGCGGUCUCGAUAGCGGCAAGAGGCGAAACUCCACGGCUGAGGUUGCUCGACCAAGCUUUGCGGCAACAGAAAUCGUAUAGACAAAUGACUCUCGUCGACGCUCAUCCUUGGCGUCCACAACGAGGUUUGCCUGAACGAGCCGUCACAACGUUGAGAGCUUGGCUCUUUGAACACUUCCUUCACCCAUAUCCAAGCGAUGUUGAUAAGCACAUAUUGGCCCGACAAACUGGUUUAUCAAGAAGUCAGGUAUCAAAUUGGUUCAUUAAUGCAAGAGUUAGGCUAUGGAAACCAAUGAUUGAAGAAAUGUACUGUGAAGAAACAAGAGGCGAACAAGUCAUGGACAUCACUACUACUACUACAAACCCGAUGAUGAUGAUGAUGAUCGACACUAAACCGGAUCCUAACCAGAUGAUUCGUGUCGAACCGGAAUCUUUAUCUUCGAUAGUGACAAACCCUACUUCCAAAAUGACCGGUCAGACCAAGGCAACGACGACGACGUUCGGGUCAACGUUUGACUUUUCAUUGUACGGUAACAACCAGGCUGUGACAUACGCUGGUGAAGGAGGAGGGCCACGUGGUGACGUGUCGUUGACGCUCGGGUUACAGCAACGCAACGACGGUAACGGUGGAGUGAGUUUAGCGUUGUCUCCUUUGACGACGGCUCAUCAAGGCACUACUACUACUACUACUGGUCAGCUUUACUACGGUACUAGUAAUAUUAGAGACCACAUGGAACAAGAAGGACCGGUUCAUCAGUACUCAGCGUCGAUGUUAGAUGAUGAUCAAGUUCAGAAUUUGCCUUAUAGGAAUCUUAUGGGAGCUCAGUUACUUCAUGAUCUUGUCUGAAAAUUUUUAUUAAAAGAAGAUUUAUUUAGGAAACAAACAAAGUGAUCUCUAGUUGUCUUUAUGGAAACAUAUUUUUCAGAAACCGAUUCGGUUAUGUAACGGUUUAGUUAGAUAAGAAAGAAAGAAAAACCAAAUUAGAUAUUUUGAUAUAUGUUGUAUACCGUUGUCUGAUUGGAUUAUGGAUUGGGUGGACACGGAUGUAUUAAUAUAUAUGAGUUAGUUGGUUCGUCAA